ACUUGGUGGUUACCAGGGGAACGAGAGCUUGAGAAGUAGGGCUUGUGUGCUCUGCUUUUGCUCAGCAAAAUGAACACCGGAGGUGCAGUGUUGCGUUUGUAAUUGACAGGUAAACAGACGUGUGCAACAGCUUUGCUUAUGGAGGAAGUAGUGUAGAGUCAUAUCAACGCAUUUGGCUCUACUGUGCAAUCAUUCCAAGGUACGUUUGUCAGAGCCAAUAAACAAUAUCCUGCAAAAUGCCCUCACCACAAGUCCUCCAGCCAGUUCUUAAGAUGAAGGUGGACGAGCUAUUUCUCAACUGGUUGAGUGAUACUGCAACACAAUCACUACUCAAAGAUUAUCUUGACCUAAUCAAAAGUGGACAACACAUUGAUAUGAGUAGUGGGGACGCCCAGGAUAAGAGAUCAUUGACCUUCAAUGAAAACAACAAUGUGGUAUCCCAAAGAAACCUGGCAGAGAAGAAGCCCGCUCCCCUUGGUACUCCCUCCAGCCCCCCAUCUGCCAGUACACUACCUUCUGGCAGUAGCAGUAACACCAGGAUGACCGGACCCAAUGGCAGAGUACUACGGAGGUCUGUCAGCACAAAAAAGGCCCAGGUGAGGACAGAGAAGCCCGUCACCACAGCGCUGAGUGAAAGCAUUCCAAAGUUUUACUUCCCAAAGGGACGGCCCCAAGCCAACAUCAACAUCGACAGCCUCAUUUCCAAAAUUGAGAAAAUAUUUGCCCAAUUCCCAAAUGAAAGGGCCACCAUUGAGGACAUGGGGCAGGUCGCCAAGGCCUGUGAGUGUCCUCUCUACUGGAAAAUGCCAUUGUUCUACUUGUCUGGAGGCGACAGGACCGGCUUCGUGUCCGUUCACAAGUUCGUGGCUAUGUGGAGAAAGACUCUGCAGACCUGUCACGACGACGCUUCUAAAUUUGUGCACCUCUUGGCCAAGCCUGGCUGUAAUUACCUGGAACAAGACGACUUUAUUCCAUUCCUGCAGGAUGUGGUGAACACACACGCAGGCCUGGCCUUUCUUAAGGAGGCACCGGACUUUCACUCACGGUACAUGACAACGGUGAUUCAGAGGAUAUUCUACAAUGUGAAUCGUUCAUGGACCGGAAGAAUCACAUGUACUGAGCUCAGGAAAAGUAACUUUCUUCAGAAUUUGGCGCUGCUGGAGCAGGAAGAGGACGUGAACCAGCUGACAGAGUUCUUCUCCUAUGAACAUUUCUAUGUUAUCUACUGCAAGUUCUGGGAGUUGGACACUGACCACGACCUCUACAUAGACCAGAAGGACCUGGUACAGCACAAUGACCAAGCCAUUUCCCAAAAGAUGAUUGAGAGAAUAUUCUCAGGAACAGUAACGAGAGACAGAAAAGUGUACAAGGAGGGGCGUCUGAGUUAUGCUGACUUUGUUUGGUUCCUCAUCUCUGAGGAGGACAAGAGGACUGACACCAGUAUAGAGUACUGGUUCCGCUGUAUGGACCUGGAUGGGGACGGGGUGCUCAGCAUGUACGAGCUGGAGUACUUCUACGAGGAUCAGUGCCAAAAGCUGGAGACCAUGGCCAUUGAGCCUCUUCCCUUCGAGGACUGCCUCUGCCAAAUGCUUGACCUUGUCAAGCCGGAAGUGGAAGGUAAGAUCACUCUGCGGGACCUUAAAAGGUGCAAGUUGUCCCACAUCUUCUUCGACACUUUCUUCAACAUCGAGAAGUACCUGGACCACGAGCAGAAGGACCCUUUCUCUGUUAUAAGGGAGAUGGAGACAGACAGCCAGGAGUUUUCAGACUGGGAGAAAUAUGCUGCUGAGGAAUACGACAUCCUCGUGGCUGAGGAGGCCGCCAACGAUCAGUGCGACGACGUGUAUGAUAAUCCUUUGAGCCCUUUAGGGCAGCACAUCUCCAGUGAACUGGGUCUGACAAAGAGACACUUCUUUGAGAUCCCAAGUCCACAUUGCAACCUGGACCUGGAAGAAUAUGAAUAUGAAGAUAACUUUGAAUGACCCUCCACCCCGAAGCGUUUUCUCACACGCCUGCUGAGCACCGUGCGCUCUCAGAAACAGAGCUCAACCAGCAGUGUUAGUGGAUGAAUCGCAUCAAGCCAGAGAUUCGCAGGUUCAGGCCCGGUUCCCAGUAACAGGACAGACUUCAAUAAACAGGGAGUGAACGCACUGGUGGGGUCAGAUGUGCUGGAGAAAUGGACACAGUAUCACACAUUCGGACAGGAAAAUGUGAAGUGGUCUGAGCUGGUUGCUCACAUUACCAGAAGUUUUAAUAUUUCACCUGCCAAAAGAAGUCACCACAGCUGACUUCAUGAUGUCACGAGCGGCACGUUUAGACCUUUGCACAACACGGGAAAAGUUGUGUUUGUGCACAUAAUGCUUUGUAUAAAUAAUGUUUGGGGCGGGUGUUAUUUCAUCUGAACAUCAGUAUUGUGUUUUCACAUGAGCUAAAUCCCAUUAUUAUUAUUAUUACUAAUUAUCAUCUGAAGUCAUUGGCUAAUGUUACAUUCCAGUGAUCAUAACGGAAACUUUCCCAUAAGGCUGUAAAUUCAUGAAUGGUUGUUUGUUGAAAUGAAAAGUUACUGUAAAUGCCAAACAAGCCUGCUGCACACACACACACACGCGCUCACACACACUCACACACACACACACACGCUCACACACACACUUUUGUACAGGUCUGUACUCAUGACAUAGAUUUACUAUAUGUGUGAAAUGGGGUUAUUAUUAAAUUAUUAGAGAUGGAUUUAUAAAUAACUGUAAAUAUUUAUUUGGUGGUUGCUGUGUUGUAAAUGAUUUGGAAACGUGUUUUAGACAAAUUCUUUUUUCUAUGUUACCAAGUACUUAUUUUUUAUGUACUUUGACAGAACAAAAGGAACCAAUUUUAAAAUGUUUUGCUUUUUCUUUAAAUUAAUAAUAAAGCCUUUAAUGGAAAAGUAAAGAAAA